GAAAGAACGGACUUCAACUCAGUCUGUCCGCGACCGUCCGUCAAGCAUACGUCUACGACUCUUUGCCUCCUCUUAUUUUAUUCCCCGUCUGUUGUGCAUCGUCAGUUUGUGUUUCUCUCGCGUAGUGUCUCUCGAGAGUCUCGUGCUAGCCACAUGUCGUCCGUGCUCGCAUCGCUACCGGCAUCCUAAAACCACCCUUCGAUUCUCAAUUUCGAUCGCGCGUGAACAGUGGACCGGGACGAUCGCGUGUGAAAAAUAAUGGAAAGACGUGCGAAUAUGUGGAUCAUGAAUUUUAUACUGGGGUUUAUCGGCUUGAUAUUCCUGGUUGAAUAUCAAGAGGCGUUCAAUGUGGAGACGAAAAAUUACGCGGUUUAUAGGUCCGAGGACAGAUCCAUGUUCGGAUUCGCGGUCUCGGUGUAUAGGGACAGAGUUGGACGGGGAUGGGCGAUCGUGGGGGCACCGGAAGCCGAAACUUCACAGGCUGGAGUUUACAGAGGGGGUGCAGUUUACAAAUGCGACAUCGCUGCAGACGAUCGUUGCCAGAUAAUAAAUUUCGAUAGCAAAGGGAACAAUCAUGUCAGAAAUCCAAGUGUACCGAGUGGCUUGAGUCAAAUCGAUAAUAAAACUCUGCAAUGGUUUGGGGCUACGGUUUCGGCGUCGCAGACGGAUGGUGGACCAAUAAUGUCGUGCGCGCCCAGGUACAUCUGGUUCUCUGUAUCCCAGCCGAAGCACGAUACCGAAGACAAUCGAUGGAGCAAGGAAUCGACCGUAGGAAAUCGACGAGAACCCGUUGGCACUUGCUGGGUUGUUACUAAUAAUUUCGAGGAAUCAGUGGAAUAUUCACCCUGUCGGACGAGGUACUGGGGAUACCAUAGGCAGGGUUCGUGUCAAGCUGGAUUGGGUGCUUCUAUGUCCAAGAACGGUGAGAGGCUCUUCAUUGGGGCGCCAGGAAGUUGGUACUGGCAAGGUCAGAUAUACUCGAUCAGCACUGCUAUGAGGUUGAAGUUCGUAGCGACGAUGCUAUUCACCCCCGAAGCAGAAAUAUCAGGCCAAGCAUUUUCACAGCCGCUACACAACCGUAAACUUAUGUUCACGAAGGAGGGACCAGCAACAGAAGACGAUAGCUACAUGGGUUAUUCCGUCACGACUGGUGACUUUGCUGGAAAAGGUGACAGCGGCACCGCGGUUGGUGUACCUCGUGGCAACGAACUUCUCGGCAAAGUUAUACUCUUCACCUCAAACAUGACGAAUCCCCGUAACAUCACUGGUGUACAAAUGGGAGCUUAUUUCGGUUACGCUGUCGCUUCCGGUGAUAUCGAUGGCGACGGUUUAGACGAUCUUAUAGUUGGAGCGCCUAUGUACACCAUACCAGAUAACCCGGAAAUGACCAUCGAGACCGGAAGGGUGUAUGUUUACUAUCAAGGCAAUGAAUCUCCAAAAUUCCUCAAAGUAGAUACUAGGGACGGGGAGAGCAACCGCGGUCGAUUCGGUUUGUCAUUGGCCUCUCUGGGGGACAUCGACCGUGACGGCUACGGGGACUUCGUGGUAGGUGCUCCUUACGGUGGUCUUCGUGGUCGUGGCGCCGUGUACAUCUACCACGGUUCACGAACCGGCGUCCUGGAGAAAUAUUCGCAGGUGAUCUACGCUGAGAACCUCGACAUGCCCGUGUCCACCUUCGGCUUCUCAGUGUCCGGUGGCUUGGAUCUCGACGGGAAUCGGUAUCCAGAUCUGGUAGUCGGCGCCUACGAGUCUGCCAGCGCGAUGUUCUUCAGAUCUCGUCCUGUCAUCAAGAUGGAUUCCUUCGUGUCGUUCGGUUUGCAGUCAAAAUUGAUCUCGUUGGACGACAGGAACUGUACUUUGUCUAGCGGAACCAGGGUCACCUGCCUCCUCUUGAGGGCCUGCUUCAAAUAUAACGGCGAGGGUGUCUUCCCCAGACACCGGUUCAACAUUCAGUACGUACUGGACGUGAAGAAGAUGAAGACUCCGAGGAUGUUCUUUUUGGAGCUGGAGGACACGAACGUCAUGAAUCGCACUAUCGAGGUGGAGCAGGAUCGAGAGUUCUGUAGCAUGACUCAGGUGUACGUAACGCCGAACAUACGUGACAAACUGACGUCACUCGACGCGGAGAUGCGAAUGAGUCUAGCAGAGGAGCGUCUGGAGGACAAUAGACCGAGGGACCCCAGAUUCCCCUUGCGGCCGAUCCUCGGCUCGACGACGUCCAGGAAGGACUCUCUGUCCAUCAGAAAGAACUGCGGCUCCGACAACGUGUGCAUCCCCGAUUUACAGAUGUACGUGUCGUCGAACGUGCACAAGUACCUGUUAGGCUCCGGCAAGAAGCUGGAGUUGGAUGUCUUGGUGCAGAACAUAGGCGAGGACGCGUUCGAAUCGACGUACAACUUGAGGCUGCCCUACGGUAUCGAUUACAUCAACGUGGAGAAGAUCGAGACUAUGGGCAUACCCGUGCAGUGCUCGGCCCCUAACAAACAAUGGAACAAUAAUACUCUUCGUUGCGACAUCGGUAAUCCGUUGCCGAAGCAGGGAAUAGUCAAGUUCAAGGUGCUCCUGCAACCGGUCACUUCCCACGGGAUGAAGCCGAUUUAUGAAUUCGAGAUGGAUGUUAAUACCACUAAUCCCGAGAACAAUUCGACCACCGGGGAUAAUAAGUACCUCAUGAAGCUCCCGAUUUGGAUCGAGACGGAUCUACAAGUGGACGGCGAGAGCAAACCCAAAGAUUUGUACUAUAACCCGGAUAAUUAUACGAGUGAGACGAAUGCUACUACGGAGGCGGAGUUUGGACCAGCCGUGACACAUAAUUACACCAUACGGAAUCAGGGUCCAUCGGAGGUGAUCGAAGCGGAGGCUUUCCUUAUUUGGCCGGCGCAGACGCUCGCUGGAAAUGAAUUGUUGUAUCUAUUGGAGCAGCCAGAAACGUCGGGGAGUAUUCAAUGUGAAUCUGCCAAUGCCAAUUAUCUUAGUUUGAAGAUGAUAGAACGCAAAAGGACGUACUACCAACCGUACCUUGCAGGAGUGAGCAUGCAGUCGCAAUCAGGCCAAGGUAUAAACGUGCAAAGCGGCUUCGAACAAGAGAAAAGCAAGUUGAGCCAACACGAAGAAACGGAGAUCAACACCGGGGACAGUUCGGACAUCCAAAAGAUACGUCACUCCUCAACGUCGAACGUCGUCACCAACGGGAGUAGGGUGACACAGUCAACCGGAGGGCAAUCAGUGCACCUAACUUACACGCAAAACAGCUCUAGAACCGGGUCCAUGAACACUGGAAGCCAGACUUCCGGUACCAGCGGCGCGAUUUUGUACUCGCAGUCUGGUAGCACCGGUGAAGCUGUAGGCGGAGUUUUCCGUGGAAACGAGGACAACGUUUUAAGACCAUCCGAAGAUUACGGUCAGAGUCAGACUACGUACGAGAAUCGGUACGGCGGCCAUAUUGGUUCCUCUUCAGGCGGCGAGUGGAGGCAGCAGGAGCAUCGUCAGGAAGAUCGAACACAGUAUGAGCGAAGGAAAGAGCAACUCGGUCGACCGGAAGAACGUCCGAACUAUGCGAACAGACAGGAAGACGGUUACCGACAGGAGAACCGCUUUAGAGUCACUUCCGAAAGUUACGGAGCUGUUGGGGGUGGUUUUGUCUCGGGAGAUCGGGAGGACUCCAUCAGAGGAGGAGAAUUCGGGUUCCAGCUGCGCAACGUUAGCUCCAAACAAGACCUGGAACAGUUAUUCGGCUCCCUGUCGAGGACGGCGGUAUAUGAACUGCAAAGUGGACGACGUAAGAAUUACGUGCGGUUUAUGGCUAGGUUCAGAAACUCCGGUGACAGGAAGGAGUACAUAGAAUUGCAGGACGGCUCCAUAUUCCCUCUUCAAGAUCAGUACGGAAAUGACAGCUACAUGUCCAGCGAUCCCAAGGACGGUCGAUUCUUUAUGAUGGAGGGUGAACUGUUAAUCGACUCCACUGGUAAGAAGAGGUACAUAGUUCUGAAAGAUGGCCGGAGGUUCCUUGUAGAAGGCUCCUUUAGCUAUUCGGAGGAGCGGACGAUCACCGUGGAGGACCCACGGUACCAGUCAGGCUCGAAUCAGUACGAUUCUAAAAGCUACAGCUCGUCCUGGAACGAGGAAGCCGAACGAGCUCGCGUUGCCGAAUACGAAAAGCAGUACGAAGAAGUAUACCGCAGAACCCACGAAGAGAGGAGGACGGAGGACAGAACGAUGACCAGUAGAAUUUACGGGAGAGAGAAUCGUGGAGCCGAUGGCACCGUAACUGACGUUCCAAAUUCGGAACCCAGGUCCAAGCGCGAGAGCGACAUGGUGGAGUUGAAGGACUUCAAAAAAUUCGAGAGUCUCCAAAGAAGUCCUAGAGACCUGGCGAAAGACCCUGCAAUGCUUGGCACACUCGGCGGACAAACGGACUAUGAAAAUAAUAUGAAGCCACAGGAACCCACGGGUCCAUGUGACGCCGCGAAGUGCGUAAUGCUGAAGUGUGUUCUGGGUCCUCUGAAGAAGGACGAAGAAGUCUGGCUCGUCGCCAGAUACAGGGUCGACGCGAGGACCUUGAAGAAGGCGGCUCCUCAGGAAAAAGUGAGGGUCUCCACUAAACUUGUUGCUCAAGUCACCAAGCAACAGUACAUUGGCACACCUGCUGAACAGGUGGUCAAAAGCCACGAAAUCAAGACGAACGUUGCACCUAGCAGCACGCCAUCUGCACCGGAUGUCAUUCCGCUAUGGGUUGUGGUUCUCUCCGCUUGCGCUGGAACGAUCAUUUUGUUGCUGCUUAUUUUCCUUCUUCACAAGUGUGGAUUCUUCAAGAGAAAUAGACCGUCCGACGCUCCAGAGAGGCAGCCGCUGAACAGGAAUGGCCACUUCCAGCAAGGAGACGACCACUGAAAGUUUAAUCAGUGGAAUCGAAUAAAGAAAAUGUCGAACGACCACAAUCGAAACGAACGAGCAAAGUGCCUUAUUCUUUCACGAGGAAGCGGAACCAUGCACUGGCUGUGCCUGUAUGCACAUCACGCUCGUCGAACUGUAAUAUAGUUUCCGUGGCGAGUAACGAAGCAUAAUUUCAAUUAACAAUUCGCGAGUGCCUUGAUCUCCAGGCCAGAACGAAGAAACUGCUAUAUAUAGGGUGAAUUGUGGAAGCGAUUCUGCGAUCUUAUUUUUUAUUUCGACUGCCACAGAAUACUCUUUUCCAGCUCCUGCAGCUCGACCAAGCAAGUUUCUAGUCAGGAGACGUCUUCUUUUUCCUUUAAUUUUUUUUAAUUAUAUCUACUUAAGCCGCCCGUUCAUCGACAGUGAUGUUUUUCAAAUUUCUACUUUGUAAUUCCAGCGUGAGAUUUUAGGAAAAUUGUGGCCAUAUUUUAACUUUAGAGGAGCUUGAAUUUUUGCUUUUUGAUCAAUUUUGUAGGAGGCUUAGAUAUAGAAAUUAAAGAUGCGUGAUAAUUUUUAGCUACGCUCUUCUUCGAAUUAUGGAAAUAUGUUGAUGUGAUUAUUUGAAAAUUUAUACAAUUUUCUGGCAUUUUAUCCGGUGUCUAUUUACCAGUUACCAUUUUGGUAAUAGUACUUAAAAUGGCCGCAAGCAUAGAAUUUUUUAGCGGAAUAGCGAUUUUAAAUUCGAAGAAGGGUUCGCUCUCAAAAUGCUUCAUUAGGGAACAUUUCAAACUGCCAUAAAUAAUAUUUAAGAAAAAUCUUCUUAUCACAAUUUUUGAUAAAAUAUUUACCUUUCGAUCAUAAAGUUUAAUCGCUCGAUUUAUGUUGACAGAUCUCAAUCAUCGUCGCCGACAGACGAUUCAUGUUUUCUCUUUAAUUUCUGUAAAAUAUACAAACGGUCUCGAGAACGGGGAUUUUCGAUUAUUUAUUGAAUUUUUACGUUAUUAUAUGUAUAUGUAACGUAUGAUAGAGCGCCGUAACAUGAACGGGGCUUGCCCCGUGUGUAUGUGUGUACAAUUUUGUAAAUUAUUAAUUGUAUUACUAAAACUGUUCAGAGAGGAACUAGCUAACGCUGAAUAAUAAUAUUAAUAAUUGUGUAGAGAAUAAAAAAAUUUCCUGAGAAAACGGGAAGGUAGAACUGACUUGUAUAUACAGACUUAAGAUGUAAUAUUAAAAAAAAGAAAUAUAUAUAUAAUAUUAUUAAUACGAA